CAGGCCAGUUGUGCUGCAGAGAACGUUCCCUGGAUUUCCCCAGCCGAUUUGGAUUCAAGACUAAAUGCAACUGAUCAAGAAUUAAUGAAAACAGGAUGAAAAGUUUUCUCUUCAAACGACUUUCAACAGGGUCCUGAUGCACCGGCAGGACAACAGCCAACUUUUGGAUCUUGGAUUAAAGCCUCCGUUUCUGACAACUUUGUGCAACCUGACUUUUUAGAUGUGAGGGACAAACGCUACACCCAACGCAAUUACAGGUUAUGAGACAGUGAGAACACCCAGAGGUGGUGCAGAGGUUAUGGCUUGAUUGUGUAGAGCUAUGAGCUGUGGUCAACGAGCAAGGCAGAGCAUCCAAGAGACAUUCAGAUCAACACACAGUCUGACGGCACAGUGAGAGCCACCGAUGAGAGGGAAUGAAGUUUAGCUGCUGAAAGGAUCAAAAGGCAACAGUUUCAGAAUAAGCUGUUUAUCUCAUAACAAAGAAGUGUUUUCUGAUAUGAGGAAUGACUGCAUGAUCACUUUCUUCAAGAAGAUAGUGCUACUGAACAGCCACAGAUCACUUUUCUUGAUUCAAGGACGACUCUGACAGAAGAUGAAGGAGUCCGACCAAACCAAGGAUUCGCCCCUCACCUGGGAUUUCGAACAAUCUUGGGCUUCGUUCCCUAAACUCGCUCAGCGUCUCCACCUCAACACCUUGGAUUUCACAGACCUCUGGGAUGAGGAAGACCUGGGAUUAGACAGUGCAGAGGAAGAUGGAUCCAGUUCCUCCAAUGAAACGUCGGGAUGUCCUCAAGCUCCUCCGGCCCCUCCAGCCCCUCCACCCCUGCCUCCACCCACCCCUCCCCUUGCCCCACCCUUACCCUCUGCCUCCCCAAAGUCCACGACCAUUAAAGGUCGCACUUUGAAGCUUCACUGGAGGGAACUGCACAAUUUGCCCCCCUUGCCCAAGGUGACCCGCUUUGGGGCGCAGACUAUUUGGGCUGGACUGGAGCCGGUCCACCUGGAUACAAACCGACUGGAGUACCUGUUUGAGUCCAAAGGCAACAGCUCCACCUGUAAUGUGGUUGGUGGGUGGCGGAAGCAGCAGCCGACAGUCUCGGUGUUAGGUGUGAAGCGGAGUAACAUCAUCACCAUCGCCCUGAGCAGCCUUCCUCCUCCACGCCUCCUCCCUGCUGCUAUCUACAGCAUGGACGGCAGCGUGCUGGACAGGGAGGACGUUCAGCGGCUUCAGUCGCUGGUCCCAAGUGAGGAGGAACUUCGUCUGAUCCAGGAAGCCAAGGCCCAGUCCCCUCGCUCCCCUCUGGCCCCGGCCGAGCUCUGCCUCCUCACUUUGGGAGAAAUCCCCCACCUGAGCUCCAGGCUUCAGCUCUGGGCCUUUGCUCUGGACUAUGACACUUUAGAGAGGGAGAUCGCUGAACCUCUCUUCCACCUGAAGUUGGCCAUGGAACAGCUGGCAGCCAGUCAGACCUUCAGAUAUAUUCUUGCUACAGUUUUAGCUAUUGGUAACUUUCUGAAUGGAUGUAAGGCCCGUGGAUUUGAGCUGAGUUACCUGGGGAAGCUGUCCCAGGUGAGGGAUACACACUCUCGCCAGCCCCUGCUGCACCACGUCUGUGUCCUGCUGCUGCAGCUCUACCCACAAUCCUCAGACCUCUACUCUGACAUCACCGCUGUCACCAAAGCAAGCAAGUGCGACUACUCCUUAGUCCAGUCCAACCACACCCAGCUUGAGGCUCUGUGCAAAGCAUCAUGGGAGCAGCUGCAGGUACUGGAGCGGGCGGAGGAGAAGAGGAAAGGAGGAAAGGGUGACAGGAGACGAGGUGGAGAGGACAAGGCCUCGGCCCCGGAAGGCUCCCUGCGCCACACACUGCCCAAGUUCCUGAAGGAGUGUGAGGGCCGGCUGAAGGUCCUAAGGGCUGUCCAUCGUCGAGUUAUCAACAGGUUUCACUCCUUCCUGUUGUUCCUAGGCUACUCCAAAGCCAUGGUGAGAGACACAAAGGCUGAGGACUUCUGCAAAACCGUUAGUAACUUUUCUCUGGAGUACAGGGCCACGCGGCAGGCCAUCCUGCAGCAGAGGGAGCGGGAGAGGGAACGACAGAAAGGUGGAGAGGAGAGCCCGGGCCCCGGCACCCCUGGAGCCCGAAGGAAACGCCAGCAGACUCCAUCUCAGGAGAGUGACGAGCAGUGCAGGCUGGAGGAAGUGCUGAGGACACCUGAGUCCACCUCAAGACUGGAUCUGACUCUGCCCCGAAACCGCAGGAGGAUGGCCGACAUCCAAGGUGCAUUCUCACGGAAGUUGCAGUGGUGACUCUGACCACACACCCUGUUUCAUCAAAGCCAUUCAUUCACAAAUGCAUAACGCUCUAACAAGAUUAUUUGUGAUUUUUUUUUCUUACAC